CACCGUCGUAUUACGUUCUUAAAAUAAUACAGAUUGCUUUAUCGUUCCGAUCGAUCGUUGUCAUUUCUUAAUCGAUCAUCUUUGACGUUAAAGAGCAUCAAAAGAUGAGCACGCAAAAGCGCGUUUUCGUAGAAAACGCGGUUAGAGAGAUUCCAGAGAUGGCACAAUACAUACCGAAUUUUAUAACCGAAGAAGAAGAAAGUCAAAUAACGAAACAUGUUAAUACCGUCCCCCUUCCCAAGUGGACUCAAUUGAGUUACAGAAGAUUACAAAAUUGGGGCGGUAUACCUCACCCCAAGGGGAUGAUAGCGGAAGAAAUACCAAGCUGGCUUCAAAAUUACGUUGAUAGAAUAACUUCUUUAAAUGUUUUCGAACGAGACAAGCCACCCAAUCAUGUAUUGAUUAACGAGUAUUUGCCUGCGCAAGGAAUAAUGGCACAUUCGGACGGUCCACUUUUUUACCCGAUAGUAACUACUAUCAGUUGCGGUUCUCAUACUCUUCUAGAUUUCUACAAACGUAACGACGUUAUGGAGCCUCAGCAACUUAAAUUGGAGUUCAGUUUGUUGUUGGAACGUAGGAGUCUGUUGAUCUUGAGAGGAGAAUUAUAUAACGAUUAUUUGCAUGCUAUUGCGGAAACUUGUACCGACGCUAUUUCAAAGGGAAUGAUCAAGAAUUUGGAUAUGUGCGCUGUAGAGUAUAAAGAAGGUCAGGUAUUGGAAAGAAGUACGAGAUUAUCCUUAACUAUCAGACAUGUACCUAAAACUAGUAAACUAAAAUUAAAAAUUGGUUAAUAUCAAA